AUGUCCCACCACCAUUCAUCCUCCCCUUUCCCUUCUUGCUUCCGCCCUUCCACGACCUCCACCGACAUCCACAGCCUUCCUCCACCAACACCACCACCUAACUCAGGCAACUCUAACCUCACCACCUGCCUCUACCAAACGGACCUUGGCCUCUUCUCUCUUACUUGGUCAAGUUCGUUUUUAGGCCAUUCCCUUCAUCUCAACCUCCACCCCAUUGACUACAACACCAGCUACUGCUCUCCCGUUUCUCUCUCUAACCCGCUUUCUCUCUCUACCAUAUCUUUCCAUCUCAAUAUCAAACCUUUCUUUUUUUGGAAAAAACAUGGAUCCAAGAAACUCCAUGUUAUUCACCAGGAGGCUAAUACUCGAACCCCAAGAAUUCAAAUCUUUUGGGACCUCUCUAGAGCCAAAUUUGGAUCACGACCUGAGCCCCAAUCUGGGUUCUACAUAGCUGUGGUUGUUGAACGAGAAAUGGUACUUCUUGUUGGGGAUUUGACGAAAGAAGCUUUUGCAAAGACUAAAGCUUUGAAGCAAGAGAGAGCCCAAGUUCUUGUUUUGAGAAGAGAACAUGUGUUUGGCAACAGAGUUUACACUACAAGAGCAAGAUUUGGAGGCAAAAACAGAGAGAUUUCUAUAGAUUGUAGUGUGAAUAAUGAUGCAAGGUUGUGUUUUAGUGUUGAUAACAAAAGGGUUUUGCAGAUAAAGAGAUUGAAGUGGAAAUUUAGAGGAAAUGAGAGGAUUGAAGUUGAUGGUGUCCCCAUACAAGUCUCAUGGGAUGUUUAUAACUGGCUGUUUGAUGACAUUAACAAUGACCAUGCAGUGUUUAUGUUCAGGUUUGAAAGCAAUUUAGACCCCAAAGAAGAAGAGGCAGUGGUACAGAAACAAGAACCAAGCGAAGCUUAUGGUGGUCAUCAACAACAAGAAGAAAUCAAUGAGAAAAAUGACAACAACGUUGUUUUAUGGCAACAAAAUUCAUCAAUUAGUACUGCUAGUUUUGGGAUAAGUCCCAUAGAGUGGAGAAAGAUGAGAAAGAGCUUGAUGAGGACAGCUGCAAGGAGUUCGUCUUCUUCAUCAAUUUCAAUGUCCUCAGCAUCUUCUGGUGGCAGUUCUUCAGUAAUGGAAUGGGCUAGCAGUUCUGAAGAAAGUGAACUUUGUGGUGGUCCUAUUGGAUUCUCUUUGUUGGUUUAUGCUUGGAGGAAGUGA